AUGACCGGGUCUGAGGGUCCACGAAAUGAAGGCGCCACCAGGGUUGGUCCGAAGACGGUCAGGUGGCGGGAGAACGGUGAAGGUGUCGAGACAUUGAUGCCACUCCUGCAAGAUCUAUACUGGAAGUCAGUCGAGAAGGAGAUCCGGGGGCUCAUCCCCGCGCUCACAGAGCUCAUGUUAUGCGCCCCGAACCCGACGCCCGUGGAAGUGAUCCCAGCCUGGCCCGCUCCGGAAAGGCUGAAUCAGUUCGCCAAGGCAUGGUCAUAUGUCCAUCUCAGCGAUGAAGACCGCAAAUCUAUCCUGGCAGAGACUCAACGUGGUGCCUUGAUCACCCCUCGUGAGCAGCCCAAUAUCUCUUAUGACGGACCUCACGUCAUGAUUCGAGACUGGCCCGACGACGAUCCCGAUGUUAUCCGCAAGGUUGCCGUGGGUCCAGAUCCACUGGAACCCUGGCAACAUCGACGAAAGAUAUGGAUGGCGUUCGAGAGGCGGCAUACGACACGGACUCUGGCCGUUGCCAAACAAGUCUGCGGAGGCUUGUUCGCGAAAGCCAUGCCGUCAUGGGCCCCCGUCGAGGACCGAGCGGUUUACCUGCUUGUGCAAGCUGCCACGGACUACGACGCUUGUCUCAACAUGAUGUCAACCGCUUCACUGCGCACGAGGUUACACAAUGCCGCGGCAAAAAUUACAUCGGCCCUGCGCAACGACCUGAGCGAUACGGUUGACCGGCAACUAUGUCUCAUAUCGACGCUUCUGUGUGACGAGUCCACGAGACUUGAGUGGAGUCCCUUUCUCAACAAUUGCCAGAAGUUCUGCAACAAACUCCUGGGCCAAGAGUUCUUCCGCUCAGUACAUUACCACCCAUCGGGACGCGAAGCACCCGGAUCUCCUGCGCACAACCCUACUCUUCGACCCUACUUGCAUUCAUUCGCCGCCCCGUCAACGUUUCCGCUGCUGCACGACGAUGCAGGCGAUGGGUUGCGCCUACGCCGCUCAGAUUUGGGGGCCUACAUGUCGUCGCUUCACCACGCUGAAGACUUUGUCUCGUUCGCGUUAGCCCGAAAGCUUACGCUCCCAACGGCUCGCACCGGCAAGGAUGGAUUCGGGACCCGCGUGGACUUGACCCUCGCUACGAAAUGCGGCCUGACCUGUGGGCACAACGAAUCCAGAUUCUGGCACCUCCAGCAGAUGACAACGGCGGUGAUUCGCAUGUCGGACCACGUCUUCGAGGAUCCCUUCAGCGCCAUGACGCUGCUCAGCUCGCAUCUGUACCGGCCGCGCAGUCUGUACAUAGAUGAGAGGGGGUCCCCCUGGGGAUCGGGCGGUCACUCGACCGGUGAUCUUCAGCGCCAAUGGGCCGAAAACCGCAUUUACGGUCUCGUCGCCAUGGACGUCUUUCUUUCAUUCACGCGCUGCGUCCAUCUCGCUACCCGGUCAAUCGUUCGCGGCAGGUUGGCCGCCGGCAGCACCAGCCUCGGUUUCCGGGAAAGUCUCAGCCCUACGGACGGUCGGGCGGCCUUUGUAAGGAAGAGUGAGGACUCUGAAGUUAGGUCACUGAAUGACGUCUUUGUCGGAGACUGGGACAUGGAGCCCCUUGUGCCUCCACGGCAUAGCGCAUUCCAGCCCGUCAAGGUCAUGUUUGAUGCCGUUGCGUCCGGCAGCGGCGCCGCAAUCAUCGGUCUCGUUCUCGCGGCGACAUGGAUUGCCUACCAGCUGCUCCGCGGCGUGUACAACAUCUCGCCACUCCAUCCACUGUACCGAAUACCCGGCCCGAAGCUCGCCGCUGCCACAUACUGGCCCGAGUUCUAUCACGACGUAAUCCUCUUUGGCCGUUAUAGUGGCCAGAUUCGGUCCAUGCACGAGAAAUAUGGCCCCAUCGUUCGCGUCAGUCCACACGAAGUUCACUGCGAUGACCCUAAAUUCGCCGACGAGAUUUACGCCACCAGCGGCAGAAAGCGUGACAAGCCGCAGCACCAGAUCAACGGAUCAGCUCUGGGGCACUCUGGAUUUGGUACCAUGGAUCAUGAUUUGCACCGCAUCCGCCGCAUACCGCUGGCGAAGUUCUUCUCGAGGAGCAUGAUCUCGCGGCUUGAAUCGGACGUUCGAGCUCUCGCCCAGAAACUCUGCGACAAAUUGCUGGCGCAUGCCGACAAACCUGCCUUCGACGUGACCAUGGCGUACAGCUGCUUUACCUCGGAUGCCAUAUCGGGUUACUGCUUCGGCGAGCCCUUCGGGUUCCUCGAACAGGAGGGAUGGUACCCUAACUUCCGCGAGCCGACCGCCGCGAUCCUCAAGCCUGUCUUCAUCUUCCGCUUCUUUCCAUUUCUCAAGGCCUUGACGGUACUGGGCGAGUACGUCCAUCAAUACGGCAGCCUGGUCGACUACCUUCCCGAGGACACAGCACUGUUGAUCCGGACUCUGAAGAUCGAGAUCCCCAAUAUGAUCAAGAAGACAAAGGCCGAUAUGGACGCCGGUAUCCAGUACGACCGGCCGACGAUUUUCGGCUCGCUCCUUGAGUCCGACCUCGAGACGCACGAGAAACAGCCACAGCGCCUGGCUGAUGAGGCUACCGCCGUUGUCGGUGCUGGCACCGAAACUACGAGCUGGGCCUUGGGCGUCAUCACCUACCACCUAUUGACAAAGCCGGAGCUACUGCAGAAGCUCCGCGCCGAACUGUCGGGCGUUGUCGAUGACCCAUUGAAGCUCCCGUCGUGGACGGUGCUCGAGAAGCUUCCUUUUAUGGGCGCGGUGAUCCAAGAAGGGUUGCGCCUCUCUUUUGGUGUAGCAGCCCGCACCGCCCGCGUGCCUACUCGCGAGAACCUUGUGUACCAGGGCGAGUUCAACAAGAAGCCCGUCCAGCACGUAAUUCCUAGGGGGUACGCCAUUGGCAUGUCUGCGGCCAUCACGCACCUGGACGAUCGGCUCUUCAAAAACCCGCAAGAAUUCGCACCGGAGCGCUGGCUGGGGGACGAAAACCGGACCGAGCUUGAGCGCGGGAUGUUGCCCUUUUCCAAGGGCAGUCGAGCCUGUCUGGGUAUGAAGUGA